CGAGUCGCGAAGCGAGGCCAUGGGCAGCUGCGCUUUUUCUGCCCUGCGGCAAUUGGAUCACUUCACGCAGUGUCAACGAGCGAAUUUGCUGUCAAGCCAGUAUUAGCCCUCACUGACUAGAGAUUAUUCUGCUAUUUGGCCGUGCGGCGAAGAAUUCGAACUAGAAACCCCAUCCUGCGUCGCGACCAUGAACGGGGACAACUACUCCUCCAGAGACACGGGUCGCUCUAGAGAGCACCAUGGGUCACGAUACGACCGAGACGAGCGCAGAGACCGCGACCGGGACCGGAAUCGAGAUCGCGGCGAGCGGAGACGUUCAAGAUCUCCCCAUCACCGUUCCUCGCGACGCGAAUAUGAAGCAGACUCUUAUUCCUCGAGUCGAGACUACCGGGCACGCGAAAGGGAAGACAGACACGGCUCGAGGCGAGAUGACCGGGACUGGGACCGAGAUCGAGGCCCGAGACGCCGGGACGAUGACAGGCCACCCAGGAGGGACCGCGACCUGUUUGAUGAUCGCAGAGGAGGCAAUCGCGACCGUGAUCGGACUGGGCGAGAAGACCGCGAUGAAUUCGCCGCUCAAGCCCGAGGCCGCAAGAACAGUCCUCCUCCCAAGAAGAGGGAACCCACUCCCGAUCUUACAGAUGUCGUGCCAAUCUUGGAGCGCAAGAGGAGGAUGACGCAGUGGGACAUCAAACCGCCUGGGUACGAGAAUGUUACCGCCGAGCAAGCAAAGAUGUCCGGCAUGUUUCCCCUGCCAGGCGCCCCUCGACAGCAGCAGAUGGACCCAAGCCGGUUACAAGCCUUCAUGAAUCAACCCUCAGGCGGCGCGACCUCCACAGCAUUGAGGCCUUCCAAUGCGCGCCAGUCAAGGAGAUUGUUUGUCCACAACCUUCCGGCCUCCGUCUCCGAGGAGAGCCUAGUGGCCUUCUUUAACCUCCAGCUCAAUGGUCUGAAUGUCACAAAGGGCAACGAUCCAUGCACACAAGCAAACAUCGCCGAAGAUAGGAGCUUCGCGCUGGUGGAGUUCAAGCAGCCUUCCGAUGCGACGCUGGCAUUGGCCAUGGAUGGAAUCACAAUGGAAGAGCACCAUUCCGAGCUGAACGGCAAUGGGACUGCAUCUCCCAAGGGGUUGGAGAUUCGACGACCCAAGGACUACAUCGUUCCGUCUGCGGAUGAGGAAGCAUAUACAGACGGCGAGAUAUCUACCGAAGUUCCCGACACGGCCAAUAAACUAGCCAUCACCAAUCUCCCACCUUUUUUGACAGAUGAUCAGGUCAUUGAGUUGCUCAAAGCAUUUGGGGAAUUAAGAGCCUUUGUUCUGGUGCGGGACAGCGAUGCACAAGAAUCAAGGGGCAUCGCUUUCUGUGAAUAUACAGAUCCAUCAGUCGCUGGCGUUGCAAUCGAGGGUCUCAAUGGCAUGGACUUGGCAGGCAACGCUGUCAAAGUCACACGUGCCAGUAUUGGAUACACACAAGCUGCCGGGCUUGAGAUGGGCGUCAACGCCAUGUCUAUGUUCGCCGGAACCACCGCGGAGAACCUGGAGGACGGACGGGUCCUACAACUCCUGAACAUGGUGACGCCUGAGGAACUUAUCGAUAAUGAUGAUUAUGAAGAAAUCUGCGAAGAUGUAAUGGAAGAAUGCCAAAAGUACGGCAAGAUCUUGGCCAUGAAGAUUCCGCGACCAUCUAUGGGAAGUCGGCAAUCGGCUGGAGUGGGCAAGAUCUUCAUCAAGUACGAGGAACCCGAAGCUGCCAAGAAGGCGUUGCAAGCACUUGCGGGACGCAAGUUUGCUGACAGGACUGUUGUGACUACGUAUUUCGAUGAGGCGAGUUUCGAUGUAGAUGCUUGGUGAUGCUGCCGUCCUCUAAAAUCAACAUGACUGAGCCAUAAGGGCAGGGACUCAUUCGUGGGACUAUCUUCUUUCUCGAUCGGUAUCCUUUGCGGCACGGCCAUUGCAAUCUCAACCACCUUCAAGUCGUCGUUGGGAUUGUUGAGGGAUGACGAUCCAACAACGGGUUCCCGAGACACUGUCGCUGAUAAUACCGAUAGGGGCGAGUUGCUUGAACCUUCGCUGCCCUUCUCAUUAUCUCGCCCUGGAAGAGGUCUCCGGUGGUCUGGCAUUGGGCAUUUGCGUUCAACAUGCGCGGGGGGCACAGGAACCUCAAAAACCAUGUUUCUUUUCUGCUUUUUUGGAAGCUGGUUCGCAUGUACCCUGGAAUUGUGGCAAGGCGGGGAUGUCUCUCACAAACAAAAAAAGGGGGGGAAGCUGUAAACGUUCACAAGGAACAACAGACAGGGGGGACCGGGCGUGCACAGGCUCCUCACUGAUGAUGUAUUGGAUCAAGUUGGUUCCCUGGGCUGGUGGCUGGGCAGCUCUGAUCGGAUCGGAUCACAUCACAUCACAUCACAUAUACUCUUUUGAUCUUGUUCUCCCUCCCACCCACCUACCCGCCUGCACACUUGUACUUUUAGAACCAAACCGAAGAGAGAAAAAAAAAAGCCCCCUUGGGUGCUGCGUUGCGCCUUUGUUGUAUACCAGUACAGUACCGCCUUAGGAGGGGGUAUACCGGAGCACCAACGCCGACGAAUAAUCAAGGAGCCUCUGCGUGUGUAUACCGCCGAGUAAUAAAUAUGUGGGACAUUCGAGGUUCUGUUGUAUAG